AUGAACGCUCAUGCCCUUCUAACAUCACAAGGAUGGCGGGGGACGGGAAACUCUCUACACCCAACUAGUAAUGCUAUUGGAUUAACAAAACCUAUUCUCGUCGCACACAAAACUGAUACACUCGGCAUCGGUAAUAAACAUAGGACAAGUGAUUUAUGGUGGAUGAAUGCCUUCGAUAAGACGCUGAAGGGCCUGGAUACAUCAGUGGAAGGCCUUGUCGUACAGACCAUCACAGAUGGGGGCCUAGAUGCUGCCAAAAAAAGUAACGGGAAAUGGGUACUAGAAAGUAGUGAUCUUUACGCCAACUUUGUGAAAGGAGAAAGUCUGGAAGGGUCGAUCGAGGCGGCGCAGAUCAAGUCAAGUCGUAAAGGGGAAAAGAGAAAGCGUAAAGAUGCAGAACUUGAAAGUAAAGCAGAUCGAAGAGCAAGAAAAGCAGCCAGACGUUUGAAGAGAGAACAAACUAAGAUGAGGAAAGAUAAGAAGAAAUUUUCAUUAAAUGCAAGCCAGGAUUCUGAUACGACCAUAUCAAAGAAGCACAAGGAUACAAAAGACAAGCGGAAGGCCAAAAAAGCUGCAGCUUUGAAGUCGCAUGAGUAG